UAGAAAACUUCAAAUUUUGGUGAACUUGAGACGCGAGACCGACCCGUUAGAAAUCACACUCCCUUUCUUCAUCUCUCGUUGCUGCAGUACCGCCGCUGCUGGGUGUUUCUGUUUCUCCCUCUCUUUCUUACAGCUCUCUCUUUCUCACUGUUCGCUGGAUCACUACGUGCGGUGAUAUUUGUGUUUUGUUAUACGACUUCUCUUCGACUAUUGUCAUAGCCGCCUGCAAAAAUGGCAUACUCUUCGGCCUUCGCUCUAUUUUGCUUGCCGACGGAACCAAACACACCACAAUCAAAUUUGUUCUCGACGUGCCAGAGUUAAUCAAGCCAAGCAAACCCUUUGUUUAACAGAAUAAAUGGCAGAGCCGGACCUAGAACUCAUUUCUACCAUUAACGAAAUCGACGAUCAGUCAUUCCUCUCGCUUUGCUUUGGUCCUUCAGUGUCCACCAGGACUUGGCUUCUCAAUAAUGCCGAGAAGUUCCAAUUAAGGCCAUCGUUGCUAUUCACUGUUUUCCUAGGGUUUACGAAGGAUCCGUAUCCAUAUGUUAGGAAAGCUGCUCUUGAUGGCCUAUCGAGUUUGGGGAACAAUGUUUUUGAGGAUGGCAGCAUGAUUGAAGGUUGCUAUUGCCGUGCCAUUGAACUUCUAAAUGACAUGGAGGAUUGUGUUAGGUCAGCUGCAAUACGCGUAGUCAUAACUUGGGGUCUAAUGCUUGCGGCGCAUAGUCCAGAGAGGAAGCAACAGUUGUUUGAUGAAAUAUUCGUUAAUCUUUGUUCCAUGACGAGAGAUAUGAACAUGAAGGUCAGGGUUAAUGCAUUUGAUGCAAUAAGGAGGUUGGAAAUUGUUUCCGAGGAUCUUCUUUUACAAAGUGUGUCCAAGAGAGUCUUGAGUAUCUUCAAGGGUAAAAAAUCUCUUGUUCAAUGCUCUACGGAUCAAUUAGAACUGUUGGCGUUGAAUGUUGCUGGGGCUUUUGUGCAUGGCAUAGAAGAUGAGUUCUAUCAGGUGCGCAGGUCUGCAUGCGAUGCUUUGUUUAAUUUGAUCAUCCUAUCAACUAAAUUCGCUGGCGAGGCCUUAAGCUUAUUGAUGGAUAUGCUGAAUGAUGAUUCAGUUUCUGUCCGCUUGCAAGCUUUGGAAACAUUACAUCAUAUGGCAAUGUCCAAUUGUUUGAAAUUGCAAGAAGCUCAUAUGCACAUGUUUCUUAAUGCUUUAAAAGACAACGAUGGUCACGUAAGAUCUGCUUUAAGGAAACUUCUUAAAUUAGUGAAGUUGCCAGAUUUGGUGACAUUUCAAUUGUCUUUUAAUGGUCUUCUCGAAAGUUUAGAAUCAUACCCACAGGAUGAGUCUGAUGUGCUCUCUGUGCUGUUUCAUAUGGGUCAGAAUCAUUUAAAUAUGGUUGACUGCAUUAUCAAGGAUGUUUCUGAACAGAUAGACCCAAAAUCUGAAGGGAAACUUGAAUUCGAUAGUGUGAAGGUGAUUGCAUACAUUGUUCUAGCUAUUUCAGCUCUUGCUUCGGACAAUCAUACUCUUAGGAUUCCACCAAGAAUAUUUUCUUAUGCAGCUACAUUGCUUGGAAGGAUCUCUCAUGCUUUGGGCGACAUUAUGGAUCAAAGCACCAUUUUUGCUUACUUGCUGCACAACAGUAAACACAUUGGAUUAUCUGAUCUGGGGUUUAAUUCAGAGGGAGUCUCAUGCUCGGCUACAUGUGGUAGUUCUGUCAACGACAUACCUGCUAUUGCCUCCCUUAAGAUACCUGCAAUGAUCCAUGAGCAGCAGCAGAAAGACGAUGAUGCCAUAGAAUCUGUCAAGACCAUCCUCUUAAAGGUGCAAGAUAUUUGGCCACUCAUACAAUCAGGAGUUUUGCAUGAAGCUUUAAGGACUUUGAGGUUCUGCAAGGAAGCUUUGGGAGUAUUCACGUAUGGAACAAACAAAUACAAUGGUGCUUUAGCUUUUACUUUGCAGUAUCUCAAGAUACUGAAACUAGUUGCAAAGGUAUGGAGUUUGAUGUCGUCAAAACGUAGUUAUCCUCGUAGAACUGGAGAAUGGGGGUUCCUAUUAGGAAAACUAGAAAGGGGGCUGAAAGAGUUGAGAAGUAGAUUCACUGGACUCACUAAAGAAGAAGAACAACAUAUCUUAGAACUGAUGUUGGUCACUUGUAUACUAAGAUUGUCUAAUGGAGAAGUUUGCUGUCAUCUCACAGCUUUGAGAAAGUUGUCAACCAUAGCUUCCAACAUACAACAUCUCCUUAAGGAAGAAUGUAAAGAGCCAUCAACUUUUGUAUGUGAAGUUCAAAGAUCAUUGUCGAACUUGGGCACCAUUACUCCUAAAUCUCUUUGCAGCUCACUUGAUUUGAGAGAAAUGCUAAAAUCUUUCACCCUUGGCCAUCUAGAAAUUUCAGAAGAACUUAAGCACAUCAAAGCAGAACUAGUCAUUUCUGAUAACAACUAUGAGAAACCUCUCUAUUUUGUUCCAGGACUCCCUGUUGGUAUUCCUUGCCAAAUUAUCCUACACAAUGUUCCAAGUGAGAGGAAGUUGUGGUUUAGAAUCACUAUGGAUAACGUGACAAGUCAGUUUGUCUUUUUGGAUUUCCUUUCUUUAGGGGGUUGUGAUGAGGUUAGAGAAUUUAUGUAUACUGUUCCAUUCUAUAGAACGCCUAAAGCUUCUUCUUUUAUAGCUAGGAUUUGUAUAGGACUUGAAUGUUGGUUUGAGAAUGCUGAAGUUAAUGAACGUCGUGGAGGUCCAAAAUGUGAUCUAGCUUACAUUUGUAAAGAGAAGGAAGUUUAUCUCUCCAUGAUCCACAAAGGUUGAUUUUGUGUAGUUUUCCUUCUUGCCAUCCAAAAGUCGGUCUAAUCGGGCUGGUAGGUUGAAUGAAACAGGUUCAUUUUAAAAUAUUGAGCAUGGUAUGUUAUGAAGAUUUGAUAAAAAUUAGUCAUGUCAAUGGUUCACAUACUUACUGAACAUUAGAAUCUGAAAACAAGGGAUUUAAUAAGAAUAGAUUUGUAUUUUCUUUCUUUUUUU